AUGGAGGCGCCGGCCGAGCUGCUGGCCGCGCUGCCCGCGCUGGCCACCGCGCUGGCGCUGCUGUUCGCCUGGCUGCUGGUGCGGCGAGGGGCGGCCGCGAGCCCGGGCCCCGCCAGCGCGCCCGCGGAGCCCGCGCCCCCGGCCGAGGCCAGCGGGGCCCCCGCGUCGCCCAGCCCCUGCGCUCCGGAGCCGGCGGCCGCGCCCGCGGGACCCGCGGAGCCCGAGGAGCCCGCGGGGCCGGGGGAGCCCGAGGGGCCGGGGGAGCCCGCGGCGGCGCCGGCGGAGGCGGAGGAGCAGCCGACCGAGGCGAGGCAGGAGGAGGAGCAGGACUCCGACGGAGAGAAGGGCCCACCCCAAGCAGGGCCUGAGGAAGAGGAUGGAGAGGCCUUCUCCUUUAAAUACAGCCCUGGGAAGCUGAGGGGAAACCAGUAUAAGAAGAUGAUGACCAAAGAAGAGCUGGAGGAGGAGCAGAGAGUUCAGAAGGAGCAGCUGGCUGCCAUCUUCAAGCUCAUGAAAGACAACAAGGAGACGUUCGGCGAGAUGUCCGACGGAGACGUGCAGGAGCAGCUCCGGCUCUACGACAUGUAGGCCCGUCACCCGCAAGACCCCUCGGCUGCCGUGCCUCGACUCUGUCCUGACCCUUGACCCAUGCACCUAUUUCCAGACUCUUGUCGGCUUAAUUUUAUCAUAGACGUAGGCACACAUUCUAUACAGAUUUGCUCAGUUCUUGCAAUUUAUAUAUCAUUUUACAGGCAUCAAGGUUGUUUUCUUCACAGGAGAAGUCCCUGAGCUCUUUGGCUUCUGCUCGUGGGUGAGGCUCCAACUGCUGUAUAGGUGAGCCUCUGAGGCCUCUGCUCCAAAGUCAACCCUCUGCGCGGACCCAGGGCAGGCAGCAGUCCAGGAGUCUCACUUGGCUGGGUGCGGUGGCUCACACCUAUAAUCCCAGCACUUUGGGAGGCUGAGAUGGGAGGAUCACUUGAGGCCU